AUCUGAAACUGGAAUACUGAUUAUUGGACAGUCAUUACCCCAGACUUCGUAAUUAUUUGAACUGCUGCGUUCCAGCGUGGCGUAUUUGGCUUAGAUUUCUGCAUAGAAAUACAUAUCCGUCGACAUUUUUACCUAUACAAAUACUACAGUUCAUCAUGCCAAAGUGCAUUAAGAUGGAUCGUUUCCGAUAUAUAACCAGUGAAGCUUGGCGUGCUUUAAUAGCAAUCGAGAUGGGACUAAAAAAUCACGAAGUCGUGCCUCCAGAGUUAGCACUUAAAAUUUCUCACCUUAGACGAAGUUGUAUCGGCUUCAGCCAUCUAGUUCAAGAACAGUUAAUACUAAAUAGGUUGGUAGCCUACGAAACUGAUAACAAACAUUGUAAGUGUUCCUCAUGAUGACCAUGAUCUUAUCUGAAACUAACUGUUAUGAUAUACAAGCAGUUAACGUAAUGCUAAUUUGCUUGCAUAUCUUUAACUAUGUUACUAUGAUAUUGGCGUUCCUGAAGGUUAAUGACGUGUUUUUUUUUCCAGCGAUGAAAGGAUAUCGUCUUACCAACCUGGGCUACGACUACCUUGCUCUUAAUCAAUUUUUCAAAUCAGAGCAAUUGGAAAGUCUAGGAACAAUGAUUGGAGCUGGAAAAGAGUCUGAUGUCUACAUUGCUGCUGCUGGUGCGCGAUGUGGGCGUUCGUCAGAUGGCUCAGAAGGCCUUUUGUUUGAUUUCCCAAACGAAGGAGAUUCAGUCGUUGUUAAAUUUCACAGACUUGGGAGAACGUCUUUCAGAAAAGUAAAAGAAAAACGAGAUUAUCAUCAACACAGAAGUAGUUGCUCUUGGUUGUAUUUGGAUCGUCUAGCAUCUAGACGCGAGUUCGUUAUGAUGCAGAGCCUUCGGAGUAAUGGUAUCGCUGUUCCUAUCCCUUACACCCACAACCGAAAUGCUGUCGUCAUGUCAUAUAUUGCUGAUAGCCUGCCACUUUACAGAAUACUUCCGAGUAUUUUGAAUUCCAAUGAGUCUGCUUUUGCACGGUCACUUUACUACCAAGCCAAAAACAUAUUGGAAAGAAUUGCUUCUCUUGGUCUUGUUCAUGGUGAUCUUAAUGAGUUUAAUCUGAUGGUUUCCGAUUUGGACCCUAAAGAAAAUACGGAGAUUAGUAAUCCCAAGCUGGUUCUUAUUGACUUCCCUCAAAUGAUCAGUCGUGACCACAAACUAGCUAACACGUGAGCUUCUUUUCAACUAAAUUCUUCUUUCCGAGGUCCUAUAUUUUUAGCAUCUCGAAUGUCUUUAUCGGUUACAAUCCAGAACUUGCGUAAACGUCAUAAUGGUUUUCAACUCAGUUGUGAUAGUACAAGCUGUUUGUAGGGCUACUGUUUCAUUGAAUGGCUUUUUAAUGUUAUCUCAACAAAGUUAUUAUCGAUAUAAAUAAUUCAGAAACCAUGAAGUUCAAAAUUUAAAAUCUACGGAUUGGUCUAUGUGUAUGAAAUUAUCUGAGUGUUUAUCUCUGGAGUUUAAUACGAUGUGAAACGAAAAUUCUAUGUGAAUCUCCUGGCACACGAGGUGUCAGGAUUACUAAGAUCAGUUUGAGAAACACUGUUGAGUUUAUCAUAUACGACCAAAAGUGGGACGCAGCCCUUGAAAACAAUUUUACUAAACAUUCUUAUGAGUCUACGGAUUCAUUGACUGUCACAUUGAUUCGAUUUGUUAAAAACAAACUUUGGUUUGGGUCGUCGCUAUACUAAAUUAUGUAGCCUCGAAUCGGUCAUAUGGUCAAUCUGCCAAGUCGGUGUUUCAUAAUGGUGACAUCAAAUGAAGUAUCGUUACUGUACUGAGAAAUAUACUGCGGAACCUUGACAUUACUAACAUGGUAUUCCCACAGAGUGUAAAAUGUGUGACAAUAAAGAGAGAUGAUUAAACACAGGUCAAAGAUAGUCUCAGCUAGAGGUCAGGUUGGAUGCUGAUUGUGACUAUUAGUGGUCAGUCAGUCAGUCAUAAUCAGCGUAAAGCCUCCCACAAGCAUUAAUUGAGCCAAGUCCUCAUUGUCAAACUAUCACGCUGAAAGGAAAAUGAGAGUACAAAAUAAUUUGGCAGCAAUAAUAAUGGGGAAGACCUAAUAUAGAGAAUAUGGUUCAAAAAGAUGAAAUGUGUUAUAUCCGGUGAACAUUAAAUUACAGGUAACUUCCGAGGGCUAUUCAUGGACUAAUAUUCUAUAAAUAUUCUUAUUGUAUAACUACUCAACGAUUACACUAUGUAUAUUUUUAUUCCUUUUAUGAUAAGCUUUGUCUUGACCUAUAAUUUAUUAUUGUACGAUUUACGGUUCUUAAGUUAUGUUGAGUUUAUUAACUACUGCCUCCCACAUUCACAGCCACUUUUUGGGCUUAUUUGUGUACAAAUAUUAUUUCCUAUUUUAUGGUACGUUGCGGUCUGUCUGGUUGAUAUAUAAACCGGGUAUGUCUGAAAUAAAUGAUCUGCUCUGAUCUGCUUUGAUUCGGAAGCUGGUAUUGUGUUCUGGACUCAAGUGGAAGGGCUCGGAGGACAUAGGACCAAUAAGGACGCUAAACUGCCCACACCGGUUGAACGUCACUGGUUGGCCUAGUGUGAAGAUUCGUAUAGGUCGUACUCGGAUUGGUAGAUAAAUCGUGUGAUAGAAAAGUCAGACAUUCAAGGUCAUAACAAAAUGGAAAACUAUAUGGGGGAAUACUAGAACUCGCAAUUUGCCUCACUAUAACCGAUCCUGAGUCAUGUCACCCAUUGAUUACGGUUAUCACGCGAACCCCAGCCAGGUAGUCUGCAUCUACCAAUGUGGCUUAGGCUAACAGUUAGAACCAAAGGCAGUAAUUAGAAUGAAAAACUAUUGUAAAAGAAAUUUGGCGAAGUGUGUUAUAUUUAAGUUGAGGGCUUGUUACUUCUCAGCAUCCGUUGACACAGUCGAUUUCAAAACAAUUCUGAGAUUCGUGUGUUUGUUCGAAAUUCACUUGAAUACCCAUUAAAGUCGAUGAUCCGAUUAAUAAUACGAUGGGUUGACAUGUAGAUGUUCGACCUGAAGCAUUUUCUCAACUCUUAAGGUUUGCUAACCCCACUUGAAACUGUAAGAUAGUGAUUUCACAACCCUGAGAUUAAAAUUCAAAGCUCUUAUGCCAAUGACGAUCAUUGUAUACCGCACUUCUGUGCUUUAUUAUUAGCAUUUUGAAUGUGAUUUCCAAAUUCUGGUACUUUCAGGAUCAGUUGCUUAAUUAAUUGUCUCAUUAUUGUAACGUUUUAAGAUCCUGUUACGCUAGCAGACGAACACCAUGAAAGUGUCUUCGAAAUACAAGAUUAAGUUCGAGGAUGUUUGGCACAUAUUCCACAUUUGUCAUGAACACAAUAGUAGAGUUCCUAUUCCUCACCCACCAAUAAGUAUGUACUGUAUCAUCAGUAAUAAAACUAGCAAGUUUUUGAGUAAGCGACAAGUUUAAUGGUACCAUAAAAGUCCGUAUAAACAUAAAUAGCUUAGUAAGCUUUAUUAUAUAUCUUUAGUUUCAAAUUUCUUCCUGGUGUGUGUAAAAAUAAUAAAAUGUUGUAUCAACCAAAGCUGACAAUAAUACUUUGUGUGGCUGGUGUUUAAAGUCUUAUAGCUAAAUGGUUGACAAUUUUGGGUUUUCGAGUUAUUGAUUACGUCAGUUUUAAGUGAUGGUGAGAAAUUAAUCAGAGUAGUUAAUUUUCUCUUUCGUCUUCUGUUGCACUGAGUCCUCUUUUUAAUCUCAUUUUGUGCUUAUUCUUUCCAUUUCAUUUGUAAACCGUUGUGUUAAUUUCUACAUUAAGUGUCCACUAUAAGUCCAACAAUUUAGAACUUAAGACAUCGUUUUAAGAGAUGAUUAAAUAUAUAUUCUAUUUUCCUGCUCUAUUAGUCAGUAUUCUUCCUUUCUUACUUUUGCUCUAGCAUAUAUGAACGAGAUGCAGAAGGUGUUGUCAACUUUUUCAGCCGUUAUUUCGAUAUUCCACUCAACGAUCUACCAUCUUCCCUCGAUUCUAUAAAACGAGUUGGUUAUGUCGACGUGCAUUUAAAAGCUCCGGGUUACAUCUCCAAGAAUGCUACCAACCGCCAUUCUAAACAUACAAUAGAAGAUUCACUCUUAGGUUCAGUUGCUCGACUUCAAUUAUCAUCAUUGGAAAAUAGCGAAGAUGAAGAAAAUACCUGUGACUCUGAUUCGGAUAGCAUCGAUUCUACUACUGAUUCUCAAGAAAAUGAUCAGUCGCAGAUUGAAGAUGAUGAUGAUAAAUCUAAUUUAGAGGAAAUAAACUACAAUAAGAAUAAUAAAAAGGAUAUUAACAGUGUACAAGAGACAAAAAUUACAACGGUACGUUUAUUCUAUAACAUUCGUUCAAUCUCCGUAAUUGUUGUUUAGAAAUAUUGUGAAUCAGUUAGAUGUAAUGAAAAAAAUCAAUAAGGAAGUGAAUACAGGUGGUAGAAUGAUAUAUUCUUUUAAAACAAUUAGUCCCUUUGAUAAAUUUCGAUAAUGAUAUUAGAAGACGAA